GAUGGUGAGUCAGGAAUGGGCACAUGUUGCUUGUAGAUGUUGAAACUUUUCAUACUGCACCAUAAAUCCAGAACGUCUGCAAUGGCCUCACAGCAGUUCAGUGUAACCCUGGUUCUGUUGCUGCUCCUUCACACAGCAGCUAAAGCCAAAGAUAAUGAUGGCUGGUCCAUGAAAGCACCCACUGAGGUCCGGGCGAUUGAUGGGUACCCUGUAGUGCUGCCCUGCUCCUUUACUCACCCACAACACACCCAUCCCUCCUCCAUGCAUGUGGUGUGGACCCUGGGCCAUGGACGGGCUGCCACUGUUCUCUUCCGCUGUUCAAGCCUGAACAACAGCCAGCACUGCCAAUCAAAGCCCGACCAGGACCAGCGCUACCGUAUGGAGGGCAACCACAGAAAUCAUGACAUCUCACUCAGGAUAAACAGUGCAACCUUGGAGGACAGUGGCCGCUAUUACUGUCACGUGGAGUUACCUGGGCACCAUCAUACAAUCGUUGAGAACACACUGGGAACCCGCCUUCGAGUAGAGGCUGCACCACAUAUCCUGGAUUUAUCAGCAGAAGGCAGCGAAGAAUCUGGCUUCAAAGCCCUCUGCCACAUUCAGGGUUCCCCUCUACCUGAUGUUCAGUGGAUUGCACCAGAUGGUGUCGUUGAUGGAGAUACCACAUUUUCUCUGGCUCAGGAGGCUAUUGGGCAAUACCGCACUUCAAGCCAGCUGCUGGACAUCAAACCUGGAGGACAGUACACCUGUACAGCUUCAAACUCUUUGGGAAAGGAUCAAGCUACCCUCUACAUUUUGCAUCCUAGCCCAGGGAAGUCAACCACAAAGAAUUAUUCUUUUCUCCUUGUGUUGUUGCUUGCAUUGGCCUUGGGUACAAAGCUACUUUUAGCCUUUGGUGUGGGAGUGUGGGUGAUUAGGAGGACUCUCAGAACUAGCAGUGUGAUCAAUUGACAAGCCAUAAAUGUAUACACAUGCAGUCAUUCACACUUAAUCAAACCACAGUGUUUUGCCUUCAAAGCUGUACUUGGUCCCAUGUGUGCUCUUAA